AGAAAAAUGUAAUAUGUGCCCAGAAACUUGAAAAAAUAUGCAACGAAUAUUGACGAGUAUUUAAUUAAACAUCAGUUUUAUUUUGUAGCCCGAUGAAUACGUGUGGAAUUGUGUAUCGCGCGCACUUUUUAUAUUUAAAAAAAGGAGAAAAAAAUUUUUUUUUUUGCAUUUUGAAAAUAAAAUUAAAACUGUGAAUGAAUCUACCUAGUAGAUUCUAAUAAUUAAUAACCAUAGCUAACAAUAAUAUUAUUUGUAAAUUAUAAAUAACUUAAUUACACUAAAUCGUAUUAACAUUUCAAUGCAAAUGUUAUGAAUGCUUACGCAAGAGGAAUAUCCGUAAUAAUCGUAACGUAAGAGACAGGCGCAUUAUAUUUAAAAUAGGAAAAACAGACAUAUCCUGGAGUCCGGAAUAACGAUAGCCUGCAAUAUGUUUAAUUUUCAUAAGCCCCGAACGUAUAAAUCGGCCGAGGGCUGUUGUAUAUGUCGUGCAAAAACCAGUAGUUCGCGUUUUACCGAUUCGCGUAAAUAUGAACGUGACGCAAUGCAAUGCUUUGAUCUCAAGUAUCCACGUUACGGCGAAAUAUGUAACGCAUGCGUAUUGUUGGUGAAAAGGUAUAAACGUCUACCGAUAGGCAGUAAAAAAAAUUGGGGUCAUGUUGUCGAUGCUCGUGGCGGACCUGGUAGUAAUAAAUUGCAAGUGAAAUAUAAAAGUGAACGUAUUAGUUCCAGGGUAAAUAACAAUAGUACCGGCCAAGCUAAUUCAAUUGCUAAUAAUAGUGGUGGUGGUGCUAAUACUAGUAACAGUUCCGUAGUUGCUGCUGGUGGCUUGAAUUUUAUCCCUGAAAAAUUUAAUAAGAUAUUUAAAAAAUCGAAAAAAACUAAAGAGCCAUCGACAUCGUCUUCGCCUACAACCGGUACAACCGGUAAACGCAAAAGCACAAGUCAUGGUUGGUCGCAAAAUCCAACAAACAAUUCGUUGCCCACUACGCCUGAUUCGAUGGACAGUGAUUAUGAAGAUAGUCGCCUACAUGGCGCUUUAGCAAAUACAGUUGUUCAAUUUCAGACGCAAACACGCGCUUCAGCUCAUCGGGCAGCCGCUGUAGCCGACGCACGCAAAAAGGCUUUACAAAUGGGUAGCAAACGGCGGAAAUGUGCGAUUCCACGUAAAAAUCUCAAAAAUCCAAUUUACGAAGAGUCUAUGAACUUUUUCGAUGACGGUGAAUGGCAAGAAAAGAAAACAUGUUGUGGAAUGGUUUAUGAGUGCGCUGCCUUAGCCGGAGCGAUAAUUGUUGAUUUUAUGCACUAUAAACCUUGUGGUGUGCAUAAGUCUUCUUCGCAAAUCAAAUCAUCAAAUUUGGAAGAGAAAGUCAAAAUGUCGUCCGCACUAGAUGCAACAACAUCAGUAACAUUAAAUUCGACAGCAACAACAGCAGCCUUACAAAAAUCUAUUAUAGCCACGAUGCCGUCAGUGGUACAAAUUGCCCGACCCUUAUCAACGCCAUCUACACUCUCAACGACAUCAUCAACAGUGCUGGCAAUGCCGACCAAUCCAGCAUCAUCCUUACUUGUAGCUUCGCCUAAUACAGCUUCUGUUAGUGGAAGUAAUACAAAACCCACCCUAGCGCUUAAGAAACAUUAUCUAUAUUACAAAAGACAAUCGGAAUGUUUCCCUCAAGGUGAUAAUGUGGUGACAAAUUGCACACAAGCCAUAACUCAAUCAGCUACACCUUCGCUUUCCGUUGAUCCCCUCAAGACUGAGUUUGAAAACAACUCCUUAAUGCCACAACAACAGCAAGAAAGUACAAUCUCAAAUAGCUCAAUUAUAACCGAAACUCCAAUGCCAAAUGCCAUAACAUGCUCAAACAAUAACAACAACAACAACAACACUAUAAUAAAUAAUAACGAUAGUAGCACCAGUAAUAUCAUCAUCAGCAGCAGCAGCAAUAACAGUUCAAAUUAUUUGAAUACCACGACGCCCAAACAUUCCAAUGCUAAAGUCACCACAAUAACGUCACCACCGCUAAUAACGGGUCCCUGUAGCGCAGGCAACGUUAAUAAACUCUUACCUUUAGGAAAGCCGCAGAGUGUUUUACAUAAAAUUAAAACUAACGAAGCCGGUAAAGUUAUUAAAAAUUCUUUGGAUAAAUCGAAUAUGGCGCCAUCAUCACGUCUUAAAUCAGGUGAUUUUCCAGAUAUGAAACAUGUUAUUAAAACUGUGGAGAAAUCAUAUGUGUUGGCUAAGCCAAUACCAACGACAACGCAAACUAAUAACAUAACUCAAAUAAAUACUACUCAGCAUCCAUAUCAACCUUUAACGGGUAAUUACGCGACAACACAAUCGUUGACUGCAUCAUUAUCGGCUACUUCGCCGACAUCGUCCACAUCAUCGACCUCGUCCACCAAAUUUAGUGAUAAUUCAUCAGACUCGGGCUUUGAUGAGAAUAUGUUAGAUCGAAAAUCCGCCAGUCCUCUGCAAGAGGAUACUGAAAAAAAAUUAUUAAGUCGUCCUGGAGUACAAACGAUGUUUUUAGCUAGCGGUGUUCAAAUACAAGGUCAGCAUCAAAACUUAGUGUUUACUGGCAAUGAAGUGGCAGCAAAAAUUUUGAAAAAUCGUACACAACAGCAACAUCAUUUAAUGGCAACCGCAUCGAUGCCAGCUAAUGCGCGAUCUUUAACUAAUAAUGCAGCAACAUCGGUUAAAAUUGCGCAAAUUCCAACGACAUCAUUGAUGUGUAUAGGAGGUAAUGUGGCCGCAACAGUACAAGCAAAAGUGCGUACAAUGUACAACAAUAAUAAUUCCAUACAACACGAAAAUGGUAUAACAACAAUUGUUCCAGCGUCGUCGUUAGCAGCUACCAAUCAAACGGCAGCAAUGAAUAAUAUACAACCAAGUACAGUAACAAUUACUCCAGCACCGGUUAACAGCAGCGGUGGUAACGGUGGCGGCAGCGGCAGCGGCAACGGCAACGGCAGCAAUAUCAAUAAAGCGCAAUAUAGUUCUAAUGGUAAUGGCGCAACAGUGCAUCAUCAACAACAUCAGAAUAAUAUGACGCGAAAACUAACAGCAGCGACUACUACUAACAUUAUUAACUUACAUAGCAAUAAUUUGGUGACGCCUGCAAUGGCCGCUGGCCAUACAUAUGGCGGCAAUCACGCAAAUUUAAGCAAUAAUCUGAAUGGUAAUCAGCAUCAUAGCGUCGUCGGCGGCGUCGGUGUCGGUGUCGGUGUCGGCGGCGGCAUCGUCAACAAUUCAAUUAGCAAUAAUGCUGCGGCAAGUUUAAAUCAAAAAAUUAUUUUAUUAAAAACGUCAUCGAAUGUCGGUGCAACGAUAACAUCAUCAAAUACAAAAUAUAACAACAGCCGAACAUUAACAACAGCAAUGAAUAACGCACCGACAAUUACGGGAGGAGGAGGAGGAGCAAUAGGAAGUGGGGUAAUACGUUAAGAUUUAUUGGCUAAAAAAUACGUAUUUUAUAUAAUUGUGUAGAGAGUAGUUUGUAGUAAGUAGUACAGUUCAGUUUGAUUUUCCUAUUUUUUU